UCUAUUGGAAGAAAAAAAAAAACAAAGAAAUGUCAAAAUGUUAAAUAUGGCUGCUGUGUAUUCGUCAUGUUUUGUGUCGUAUUUUACAUGAAUUUUAUAAAUAAAUGGCAAAAUGAGUACGAUUAGUAAUUAAUGUGAGACAAUAUUAACGAUAUUAAAUAAUAAAAUACUGUUGGAAUAACGGAUAAGUGUCAGAAAUCAUCAUGUCUUCAGACAAGGCUGCUGAAAUAAAAGGCAACGAGAUCGAUAAAACCAAACGUCGUCAUAAAACUGACGACACUGUUAUUGCGACAGCGGCAACAAACGGUGUUGAAGAUACAGUGCAAUUCGCGAAGAUGGAGUGCGCGGACGAAAGCGCGGGCAAGCCCACGGAGUUAUGUCUUCAAGGCAACGCUCACUUGAUUUCUAGUACAACGAGUAGUUUGGCCGAUACGCCUGGUGAUUCUGGUGUUUUGUGUUUAGAUAGUGAGGCCUCGGAGGCCACGAGCCAAGCGCUUAUGUCGCACAGUCUCAUAGGAGCCGAGGAAUUAGCCUGUGACAGUGUUUACGAUGCCCCGCCGUCUUGUUCUCAAGACAUGAUCAAGAGUACCACUAGUAGCAUUAUGACUCGCAGUGAUAUCGACAAUCAAAACAUUGGUGUACCUGAUGACAUUGUGCCAGAAUUAAUUGUUGAAACCAAUAAGAAACCAAGUCCGUAUGAAAACCUACCAGAUUUAGUGUUAAAAGCAUUAGAAAGUGAAAAAGGUGCAGAUGAAUCUCGUAAGCCAGCUCUAAGGAAUGAACCUAAGAAGUCUUUGUCUGAAGAUAUUGUUUAUAGACGAAGAUGUCGGAAAAAGUCUCAAAGUGGACCAAGUUCACAGAAGAAAAGGGUUUCAUUCCAUGAGGAUAUAUUGAACAAUACAAAAACAGAUAACAUUCAUAUUGAAAGAGGUUUCAUAUCUUAUGGACCUGAUAGUUCAUACUGUGACAGGUUUAGGCAGAAGAAUAACAUCGUAACAGACAGAUUCUCAUGGUGUGCUUCAGGGGACAGGACACCAAAGUAUGCGGCUGAUGUUGCUCAACAGACUAUGUCAGACAUUCUCACCUAUGGUGAUUCCAAAAAUGACAGGAGUGGUAUAUUUGAAUACUGUCAGGAUUAUGAACAAGAAAAUCAAGAGAACAAUAACAAUGACAAAGACAACAAUAAUGAACCCAGACCUACUGGGAAACUGUAUGGAUGUGACUCAAACAGCUCAGACUCUAAUUUCAGCUGUGACUCUGAAACUUCAUCCAGUGACUCAUCCUCCUCACAUUCUAAUAAAACUGAAACUUCAAUGCUCCACAGAAAAUGUGACAAAGCGCAGAAGUCCUAUUCUUGUGAUGCAUUCGAAAAUAAUGGGCAUGUUGCAUUCAUGAGGAAAACAUAUUUCUCUGAAGCUGAUAUUGACCAAUCAACUGAUCGCAUGAAAAUGCCUCUUGAAGUUUCACACAGUCCAAAUACAGUCAAAUCUGUAUUGAAGAAGAAACGCUACAUAACUACUAGUAUUGUUGAAGAAAGGAAGUCACAUAAUAAAGUAUUAAAUCUUUUGGAUGCCAACAACAUCAUUGAUUCUUUGAAGAACUUUUACAAGAAUUUCAACUUCAAUUUUGCACCCGAAAAAGGUUUGCCUGAAAAUAGUUUGGAAUUGAAUAAUGUUGUGGAAGCUCUACCAUGUGAUGUUAAUCAUAACAAAAAGCUUUCCAAAAGCCUUGACUCAGGGUUCCAGGCUGAAGAUGAAGAUGAUUUUGUUGAAAUAAAUCUAAAUGGCCAGCCGUUGGAGACUGUGAGACCCAAAGAAAUAGCAACACCAUCAAAAACCUCAGUGGCAGGUGAAAGGACUCCUAAAGAAGGUUCUCCAAGACAUAAGCUCACACUCAACAUGAAGGCUCAACUUGAUAAGAAACCCAAUAAAGCUGAUCUCCCACCACUUAGCAAAUAUGUUGUCAACUGUGAGAGCACAGUAUAUGAACACAAGGGAGUCUCAUACAGCUAUGUCCAUGAUACAUUCCAAACUGCUUUUGAUGCUCCUAAAGAGACUUUUGUCCCUAUACCUGAAACCACUCCCGUGACAGAAUUAGUCACGAGCACAAGUAAGAUAGACCUGACUAAAUCCACUGAUACUGACUCUUCCAGUAAGACAUCAACACCCAAGAGACAAUUCAACAAAAAUAUCCAAGACGAGACUGAACAAAAGAGUGGCAUUUCCAAGCAUUUGUCUUCACCAAAGAAACAGAAUGUAAACAGAUACAGUCGUAAAUCGGCGUCAACAGUACAGAAAUUGAACGACGAGCCAGCGCAAGUGAAUAGCGACAACUGUUCAAACACCGACAAUUCAACCUUGAAGGGAGCCGAGGACUUUAAUGACGACUUUUUCGACAGUCCCGGCAAUCAAAAGCUGCAAUCCAACAAGUCGGCGUUAUUGAACCGAUACCUGAAGAAUGUGUGUCAAAGGAAAGACCUUGAACUUAAAAUAAAGAACAAUAAAUUCUUUCAAUUCAAACUUCGAAUGGAGAAACAUUUCCCGAGCAUAAUAUUUCCUUUGAAAGAGGUGUCUGAUACAUUCCACGUGUCUGCUGAACGUAUGUCGAGGCUCAUAGACAAAGAAGUGAUAGAGAACAAAAGGUUGUCAGUGAGGCUGCUGACAGCGGACGAGCCGUCCUACUUUGAUAGUUUCGAAGAUAAUGUCGCCAUAGAAUGUAAUGAAAAGCUCAGGCUGCAAAUAUUCUCCUAUCCAAAUGAAACUUUAAAUAGGAUGAUGAAAGUGAAAUCCCCAUAUAAUAUGGAUGAUGGAUCAUGGACUCCUCUGCUGGUUUUCAUCACUGACUAUGCGCUGUACGUGGCUAGCGUGAAGCCUGGAGGUACCGAAUACGAAAUGCUGUGCCGGCUACCUCACAAUGAGCUGGAUGCUAUUGUGGUUGGUCCGGAAGCGCAGUACAUCCAAAUCCUUGAUAUCGCGGGCAAUAUAGCGUGUUCUAUCGUCACUGGGGAGGCUACGUUAGGGGCUCGGUUCGCAUCGUCAUUGGAAUGGAGUGCCCGGACCUCACCGCUUAGGAUCCAGCGGCCACCUGCCAUGAUACCGCUGGGAUGUCGGGAGUUGGCGGCCGCGGUCGCUAGGAAGAGGCAUGAGAGACGGAUACCACAAAUCCUUUUCUACGGUCGUGUAUGUUCUGGCGACGCGGGCGACCGACUCAUUGAAGCGCCGGGAGCAUUCGCACCUCCUCUAGAGGGAUACUUAAUGUGUAGGACUGACAGGAGUAGGCGAUUUGAGCCUUGUUACUUCUUGUUAAGAGCCGGAGUCCUACACUGGGGUCCUCACUCUCCAGACGGUACCUCGCCCCUCCCCAACAACAUCGCGCUCCGCUCAGUACUUGGAGUCCGAAGACACCUGGACUCCUCACGUCGGCCGCAUUGCUUCGAGAUCGCUCUAGCAGACAAUAGCAGGCUCUUGUUAGCAGCUCCUGAUGAUGCUACUGCGUCUUCUUGGCUGCAGAGCUUAUUGUUACAUGCUGCUCAGGCUCUCGAAGAAAAGGACGGUGCAAAGAAGUCAAGCGACCGGCCUGGCCCUCCACCAGCCUGCACAGUCCUGGUGACCCCGACCGAAGUUAUCAGUGUACGCGACACGUUGGACCUCGCCUUCGUAUCGGGGGCCGCUGCGUAUCUCAAGGACAGGGGCUCCGAUGCUUUGCUCAAAGAAUAUAUAGAGGAGAUGCGAACAGACAUCGAGAUCCUAGCGUGCGGCUCCAUCAAGAACUUGACCGCCUUCAAGAUACCUGACACCGAUGAGAACUGGUGUUGUUUAGAGUGGAGUGUAUGCGAAGCUCGCGAGCGUGGCGCGGGGCUGGCGCUGGUAAUGGCCAGUGGAGCCGAGCUGGAGAGGUUCAUCGCUGCCGUGGAACAGGCCUUCUGUGCGCUCACUUGCGAGCCAUUCCCGCUAAGCGUAGUGGAGGCGGCAAAAUCUGCUUGCAGUUCCGCGCACACGAAGUACGAAACCGCCUGGUCGCAUAUGUUACCGCAACAGUAAUCGACAACGUGUACACAUCACUAGUGGUAAGAUUGCAUUCACUAGGUACUCAGUAGCUAGGGAUGUGGGAGAGAAGAUUUUCAUCGAUAUCGAUAAUUAAAACUAAAGUACUUAAAUGUAUGGAAAUUAUUAACAUUCUGUUUGUUUGGUGAAGAAAAAUAUGUUGCUAAUGUUUUUAACGCGUCUUGUUCCUGGAAAUUGAAUCUUAUCACUAAGAUGUAACGGUUUAGACUUAACUGUAAUAGGAAAUGUGAAUUUUAGUUUUAAUUAUUAUCAUAAGCGCUUUUCGCCUUGUUCUCAAUAAAUAGAUAUAGUGGACUUAGAAUGAAUUUCGUCAUAGUAUAUAUCAAUUUUGGCAACACCAUACAGAAGUUAGUCAAAAGCUAAUACCUAAACCAUGUGACGGUUUCUUAUAAAUCUCAUUUUAGAAUUAUACAUUUCGAAUAUUAACAAACAUCUAAAAGAAAUAAUAUAUUCUUAGAAUUAAAUUAAAAUAAAUGUGAAUUCUUGUCAAAAACUAAAGUUCGAAAUAUUGGAACUAACCUUUAUGGUGUUGCCAAUUUCUCAAAACGAAAAUAAUCUCAAAUACUCAGUUGUAGGUUAAUAAAUAUUCAGUGAGAAGAUGAAAGGCGUCCUGCGAGCACAAUAUAGUUAAAUUGUAUAAUAAUAAUAAUAUAGAUACGCUUCCACAGUUGAUAUUUCGCUCAUAAAAUAGAUAAUCUCUUUGAGUUUUGAAGCAAACAUAAACUAUACAAAAUUGAUAUAACUUAAAAAAAAGUAUUUAAUCAAAUAAUGCUACAUUCCAUUUUCAAAUGACUUGCGUUUGACCAAAGACAAAAAUUGAAGGAGGUUGUAUAUGUUACUGUUUGCUUCAGAACCCAGUUAUUACUAUAUUAUACCUAAUAAUAAGUAUUGUGUAUCGUUAUUGUUUAUCUAUUAAUAUUAUUAUGUAUUCGAAUAAUAAUCUUAAAUAAUCAGUAGUUAACGUUUUCAUGUUUCGUAGUUAUAUGUCACAAACCAUUAUAUUUAUGUACUUAUUGUUAUUAUGUUAAUGCUAUAAAAAUAUUUAUCUUUUAUAACAAUAAAGUUGACGAUUUUUAUAGCAAUAAUGUACACAAGAAUAUUGAUAUUAAAUCGAAUACUAUUGAAACAUGUAUCAUAAAUAUUUAGCUCUUAAAAUAAUAAUAAUAAUUAAUCAUUAUUUAUAAAUCGGCCAGAGUUAAUCGUUAACGCGCUGAUACUUUGAGAAUUGUAUAGAAAUAUUAAUUGUAUCUAUAUUAUAUUUCAUUCUGGUCACAUUUCCCAAAAUUUUGUGUAAUAAUAAUUAUUUUGUAUAUCUAUAUAUCGUUCUGAAGACGCGCUAGUUAUGUUUUAGUGCAGUUUCCGAACAAAAAGCGCUCAUACUAUUACUAUUAUUAUGGAGGGAACAGUAGUGGGGAUUAAGCUUGGCUAAGUGUACUGUGAUUUGCGCUAUUCUGAAACUUGACUGCGAAAAUGUCUCUCAAUAAAUCGAUUAUUCGGUAAUCGAUACAAAGGGAUAUCGAUUAACAAGUUUACAGAAUAAGUAUGCUUCGUGUGACGGCUUAGUAGAUUUUGUAUGUGGAAAAUAAAAAUCAUAGUUUUUUUUACUACAAACCUUUUUUAGCUUUAUUAUUUUUAAAGCUAAUUUUAAUGGUUUUGUUUUAAAAGUUCGUUUCGUUUUUUCAAAAGGGAAUGUUCCCCGGGGUUGACGAUGGUGUUGCAAGCUUUAAUAUUUCUUUGGAAAAAGGUCUCAAAAAAUGUUAUUUAUAUUUAUGCUAUUAGAACAAUUUCGUGACGGUUGUCCGCUCGUUACCAAAUAUAUCAAUUGUAUAUCAUUUCGUAUGUGUAUUAGGCCACUGUACGGCCGUGUGAUAUUAAUGUAUAUUUAGGGUAGGUAUUAGCGCAUCGUGAACCGUGAAAGCGCGUUAUUUUAUCUAUAUGACGAAAAAUUUCUGAUUAGUUUUCUAAUUUACGAAGAAACUGCAGUCAUUCCAGGUUUUUUUAAGUCGAAAAUGUACGUUUUUUCACCUUUUUGUCUUGUAUUGUCAAAUGUUUCGUAUAGAUAAAAUUACGUGACAAGAAGUAAUAAUUGCAAGUUUAAUAAAAUUCAUAAUGAUUACUUCAUAGUCAGUUUGAAAACAUACAUACUUAUUGAUAUGAAUAUUAUGUAUUCCCGGAUAUGUUUAUGUACUUGUGUUCCCAUUUAUUUGUUGUAUUUCCUUAUAUUAUUGCUUUGUUUAUAAUGUUUAUUACAUUUUAUAAACUUGUGUAUGUGAUUGCGCUUUUACUAAAGACUAUUUUACGUAAAAAUAGGAUUAAAAAUUGACCAGUUCGAAACUAAAGAGGUUGUAACACAAAAUGGUGCUGGCACCCAAACUUAGUUUGAAUUUCGAACUGUUAAUAAUUUGACAGAUCAAUUUUUUUAACAGUCUGUUCUCUUUGCACGAAAUUGUUUUCUUAUUUUUACGUAAAAGUAGUCGAAACUCUUUGCUACGUAACUGUGAUUUGUGUUGUUUACCAUUAAGUUUGUUGUUUAUAUGCAUAAUAUUAGAUCAAUGUUUUUAGCUUUUAGUAUUAGAUAAUUAUUUCAAUAUUAUUAUACAAGGAUUAAUCAAUAGAACUUAAUAUGAAGACUAUUACUAUAAUAGAGUAGUUGAAAAAAAAAACACAUUUAAUAAUAUUAUUAUUUUGUGUGAAUCCAAAUUGUCUAUAACUAUUAAUUAUUGUCUUGUUGGGAAUAUUGUAAAGUGCAUGGUAUUGUAAAUUUUAUUAUUUACGAUUAAAUAAACAAAUUCUUGAUCUUGAGUAUUGUACAACAAAAAUUUUGAAAUAUAAAAUUAAAAAUCUUCUUUGGUAACUACAAAAUCGAUUUACAAAUUGAUAUUAUCAAUUGGCUAUGAUAAUUAUUUAUUAAUUGGUUAUUUAUUUUUGUUAAAUUAUUUUUAUACUUAUAGAAAUCACGACUGUAUCUUCCGUUCUUAUUGUAAAAUAUCUAAAACUUUGUUUAGAUGGAUAAUGUAUGUUAAAAGCAUCUCAACUUUGUAAUUUUUACACUACUUUUUUUAAGUUUUAAAGGUUUGAUUGGCAACACUGGAGUAAUACAAACUUGGGUGUUGCAAUCAUCCAUAGACUCUAGGUAGGUUGUUCUGUACUUUAAUUUCGAAUGUUCAAAGUGAACUCCAUCGUGUGUCGCCAUGUCAUUGGUUGUGACUUUGUGAGAAUAAUCUCGAUCAAUAACGGGCCAGAAUGCGAUUGAAUUGCAAUUUCGAAUUGACACAAUAUUUACUAGCUGUAACUAUUUUCUAUCAAACAGGUCGUUAGCUUGUUUGUCACAGGUACAAAAAAGAAAGAAAAAUAAUACUUCAUACUUUUUUAUUUUUGUACUAUCAUAAAACGUAGGUCAACAUUCAUUCCAUUGGACUUUGGCUAAACAUUUAUAUAGGUACCAUACGCCACUCAAUACACAAAUCAAAUUAACUCUUGUAACUUAUAAAAUAAAGUUCAAAAUUAACAAAGUUGAGAUGUUUUUAACAACUAUCUCUAGACUAUCAAUCCCUUCCCGUAGGUACACGUAAGUAUUACUAAGAACAAUAAUAAUAUUAAACGCUGUAUUAUGUAGAGAAUUUUUGAUUGUAACGUUAUAUAUGGCUAGGACAAGUAAUGCGAUUAGUCGCACCGUAAGUGCACAGUCGCAGUUAUUUGUCGAGCUAAUCGCAAAACCUUUUCUUGUAAUAGUAUGUGUCUCUUCAAUGUUGUAUUGUGUUGCUGGUCUUGCCGGUAUAAGUAAUAUCCCAUGUAUUCUUGUUAUAAAUACUGGCCUUUUAUAUUUGGAUCCUUCUAAAGAUGUUUUUUUUAAAUUAAUAAGGGGUGUGAGUACCUAAUAAUGUUAUACUUCUAGAAGGUUGUGGAAAGAUGAGCGUGGACUCUGUAUACAAUUGUGACUUGUAGCAGCAGUUAGUUUUCAUCGAACCAAAUGUAGAAGUUUGGGGGAAAUCUUUUCGAAAAACUUUUCUGGUAUAUCGAUAGAUCCUCUUGUUAAAAAAUAUCUCUUUUUAUGCAAUGAGCCGGUAAACGAGCAGGUGGAUCAUCUGGUGGAAGCCAUCGC